UUAAUCACUUAAUUAACAAGUGUUCACUAUAUUGCAAAUUAGUCCUUAAACCCACCGUAGUAAAAACCAGAACUACCCUUCAUUUUGACCAAUAUUCCAUCCAUAUCCGUAAUUUCCCCUUUUAAUUUAAAUUUAAAUCCAUAAUUACUAUUUGGAGCCCCGAUUUAUUCGGGCUUCUGUAAUUAAUUAAUUAAUUAAAAUUACUGUAGAAAAAGGAUGAAAGAAGAAGAUGAACUGGAAAUGGAAGCUGAAAGAGAGUUUAAACAAUUGAAUCGUAAAAUCGAAGAAAUCUUCUCAAUCAAUUUAUACCCCACCUUCAACAAAUCUCACCCCCAAUUUCUUCAAACCCACUCUCAUUUGUCAUCACUUUCUCUCUCUAGAAACUGCAUUUGGUAAUCAAUCAGUAGCAGUUGUUGGUUGGGGGUUUUGUUUGACGGAGGAAUGAAGCAACUGACGGCGUUGCAGCAGCAAGCCCGCCGUAGCAACAGCUUCCGCAGCGCGGCGUCGCCGUUGGACGCCGCAGUUGACGGCUCCGUUAAAUCGCCGGCGACGAUUUUCUGGCUGGUACUCCACGGCCUCUGCUGCUUGAUUAGCCUAGUCCUCGGAUUCCGAUUUUCCCGCCUCGUGUUCUUCCUCCUCUUCGCCACCUCCUCGUCCCCUUCCACCACCACCACCACCACCAUAUACACCGCGCUCCGAGCAACUCUACCUUCCUCCACCGCCGCCGCGCCGCCGCCGGAGAGGAACGUCUCCGCCGCUGGGGAUGGUAGCAGAGUGGUGGUCGGGAGGCACGGGAUUCUGAUUCGGCCGUGGCCGCAUCCGGAUCCGGCGGAGGUGAUGACGGCGCACAGAAUAAUCGAGAGGGUUCAGUUUGAGCAGAGGUCACAGUACGGACUCAAGAGCCCUAGAACUGUGAUUGCCGUCACCCCAACUUAUGUACGGACUUUUCAAACCCUACAUCUCACCGGAGUGAUGCACACAUUGAUUAAUGUGCCCUACGAUCUCAUCUGGAUCGUCGUCGAAGCUGGCGGCACCACCAACGAAACCGCCUCACUGAUUUCGAAUUCGGGGUUGAAAACCAUCCACAUCGGAUUCGAUCGUAAAAUGGCUGUUUAUUGGGAGGAUCGGCAUAAGCUCGAAUCGAAGAUGAGACUCCACGCUCUAAGAGUAGUUAGAGAAAGGAAGUUAGAUGGGAUUGUAAUGUUCGCGGAUGACAGUAACAUGCAUACUUUGGAGUUGUUUGACGAGAUCCAGAAAGUGAAAUGGAUCGGUGCUGUUUCGGUUGGGAUUCUUGCACAAUUGGGAGGUUCUGAAGAAAACGGAGAAUUAUCGAUUAUCAACAAGAUAGAUGAUAGCCAAAAGGAUGAAAAAAGUUCAAAACUCCCAAUUCAAGGACCAGCUUGUAAUUCUUCAAACCAUUUGGUGGGAUUGCACACUUUCGAUACACGGCCCUUCGUUGAUAGGAGCGCGAGGUAUAUUGGUGACAGGGCGGUUGUUCUGCCAAGAAAGUUGGAGUGGGCCGUGUUUGUGUUGAAUUCGAGGUUAUUUUGGGAAGACAUGACAGAUAAGCCUGGUUGGGUUAAGGAGUUUGACGAUGUUGAUAGAGAUGGAGAUGAUGUUGAAAGUCCAUUAUCGUUUUUGAAUGAUGAUUCGGUAGUGGAGCCUCUUGGUGACUGUGGGCGAAAAGUUAUGGUGUGGUGGCUUCGCGUUGAGGCGCGUGCAGACAGCAAAUUCCCUGCCAGAUGGAUAAUAGACCCUCCUUUAGAUAUCACUGUCCCUGCAAAACGAACUCCAUGGCCAGAUGCUCCACCCGAACUCCCAUCUUCAGUCGAAAAAUCAAUCACCGUUCAAGAGAACACCGAAAAACAUUCAACCAAUCGAGGGUCAAGAAAAAAACGAAGUUCAAAAAGCAAUAAGAAGCACAGCAGCACUACUGCUAAAGUACUAGUAGAUGACGAGCAUGUUUCCACAAGAGAUUCCAGAACCUUCUAGAAAUCCUCGAUCGACACAACCUCAGGAUUUUAUUACCACUCUGUGAAUUCGAGAUUAUAAGCAAGCCCUCAACAUGGUAAUAACACGAAAACAAAAAAGAGAAAAAAAAAACUGAGACGAAUGACCCUUGUUCGGUAAAUACACAUGUCUUGAUUUUUCGUUACAUCAUUUUUUUUAGGAUUGAUCAGUUUAUUUUGCUGUGAGGAAUUUUUUUCUUCUUUAUCAGUUUCUUCAUUCUUGGUGGUAUUAUUUGAAGCACUACUUACAUA